AAGAUGGCAAGCUUUGGAUUGGUUCUGUUCUCAUGCCUUUUCUCGGUGUUUAUGAUUUGUAGUUUUCGACAUCAUAUUGUCACAACUUCUCUGUGCACGAGAGAUGCCGAUUACACGGAGAGUUCUAACGCCGGUCGCCGCCGCUCCGGUUAUAAUAGCCGUCGUUUGCUUCUACUUUUGGUCAUCAAUCAUCGCGCCGGAUCGCCUAAAGGGCACGAAACACGUCCUACAAGUGGCUAAGACCAUUCCUAUCCCUGGCGUUGGACCAGAGAGCUUAGAAUUCGAUUCACAAGGCGAAGGCCCUUACGUAGGUGUCACCGACGGUCGCAUCCUCAAAUGGCGCGGCGAAGAACUUGGUUGGGUUGAUUUCGCCUACAUGUCUCCUCACAGAGAUAACUGUUCGAGGGAUAAAGUAGUUCCAAGUUGUGGGAGACCAUUGGGACUUAGCUUCCAUAAGAAAACAGGAGAUUUGUACAUAUGUGAUGGUUACUUUGGGGUCAUGAAGGUCGGACCAGAGGGAGGUUUGGCCGAGUUAGUCGUUGAUGAAGCCGAAGGUCAAAAAGUUAUGUUUGCAAACCAAAUGGAUAUAGACGAAGAGGAAGAAGUCUUCUAUUUCAACGAUAGCAGCGACAAAUACCACUUCGAGCAAGUAUUCUACGUGUAUAUGUCCGGGGAUAAGAAGGGAAGAGUGAUAAGAUACGAUAUGAAGAAGAAAGAGGCCAAAGUUAUAAUGGACAAACUCCAUUUACCAAAUGGUUUAGCUCUAAGCAAAGACGGAUCUUUUGUACUCACCUGUGAAAGUGGUACAGAUAUUAUCCAUAGAAUAUGGGUCAAAGGUCCUAAAGCCGGGACCAACGAGAUUUUCGCAAAGAUUCCAGGUCCCAUGGACAAUAUCAGGCGCACGCCUACGGGAGAUUUUUGGGUGGCAUUGCAGUCCAAACACAGUUUGUUCACUCGUGUGUUUCUGAGUCACUCUUUGGUCGGAAAGUUUUUCAUGAAAACGUUGAAGGCCGAGACUGCGAUUUAUCUCAUCAAUGGAGGGAAACCUCAUGGAAUUAUCGUGAAACUCUCUGGAGAGACCGGAGAGAUUCUCGAGAUACUUGAGGACAGUGAAGGGAAGACGAUGAUGUAUGUUAGUGAAGCUUAUGAGAGAGAAGAUGGAAAGUUAUGGAUUGGGUCUGUGUAUUUCCCGGCCGUUUGGGUGCUUGAUACAUCGGUUUACGAUCGCAAAUGAGUAACCAA